AUGGACUUCAGAGAGUUGAAAAUUAGCUCUUAUUUCGUUAAUGCUCUAUUCUCAAAAAACAGCAACAGCGAGUCCUGGAAUUCCGAUUAUGGGCUGGCACAUGAUUUGGGAAGCACAUCCUCUGUAUCAUACGGAUACGGUGCCGGUGGCACCAUCCAGCAGCCACAUCCCACGCAGUUGACGGUAUUAUACAAUGGCACAUCGUUGUUCAAAACCGCUCACCAACACCAACUAAAUCCGUGCGUAUUAUCGCUGCCAAUGGGCAACUUGUAUCAUGCCCACGAUGUGAUACAGAGACCACCAACCUUUUACGCAUCCCAUAAUACGGAUUGUAUCCAGUACAGUGAUUAUCAUUUGAAAUCCACCGGGGUUGCAAAUGAUUCCGUGUGCGCAGAACAGUGCUCCUCUCUACCGGACCUCUUUCCCUGGAUGAAACCACAAGCAGUUACCGGACCGAGAAGAGGUAGACAGGCAGACAGUCGCUUCCAGACUCUGGAACUUGAGAAGGAGUUCUUAUUCAACUCUUACUUGACCCGCAAACGCAAGGUUGAAGUGUCGCACGCUCUGGCACUCACCGAGCUGCAGAUUAAAAUCUGGUUUCAGAACAGACGCAUGAAAUGGAAGAAGGAGAACAAGAAGGACACAUUUCCAAUAAACAGGCCGGAUCAGAAUGAAAUCAAGAAACAGAGCAAAGAAAUGUACAAGAAUAUUCAGACGUCAGAUGAGGAGGGUAAAGGUUAAUCCUAGACUUGGUGAUGGGAUGCCACAGAGUGAUAACAAAUGUGUUAAUUAUACAUUGCAUUUCGAAUAAAAAAAAUCAACAACAGUGAAAUCUAUUGUGUUAGUUGAUAAUUCAUUAUCAAAUUAAAUUAUAUGAAACUUGAUAACACGUGCGCAAAAUAGUUUUUACGCACCAUUGUACGCAUCAUUCCAAUUAGAGGUUUGUGCAUGUGAAUCACUUCUGCA